AUGCUAUCUUCGAAGGACGUUGUUCUGCGUGCGCAUACAGGGUCCGGCAAGAGCUUUGCUGUGCUACUAGCGCUUCUGGCACGCCCACGCUUGCUAUUCCAAAGUCGAAGUGGUGCAGAGCCGCCGGUCCCGGGCAUAUCCGCGCUUGUAAUUGUGCCUUCAAAUGAGCUUGCGUAUCAAUAUAUGCGCUGGGCACAUGAACUAAUGCCUGCACAGCUGAGCGCACACAUGGACGCUGUGAUUCAGUGCGUCGUGCGUGGCGAAGCUACGAUGGACGCGCAAAUGACGCGGCUCCGUGAGACUCCUCCACAUGUCUUGAUCGGCACUCCAACGCGGCUGCAGGAAUGUUUUGCUAUGGCACAAGGUGCGCACCUUUUGGGCCUACACACAUGGAGGACGCUGGUUCUUGACGAGGCAGACGCACUGUUGAAUUUGCCGGGCCGCUUUCCAAGCGAAAAGCAACGCUGGAAGCACCUCACACAUCCAUCUCCCGGCCUCCAUGUCUUGGAUACCAUCAUGCGGUCACGAGCAACGUUCUCAGGAGGCGAGCGCUUGCCAAAUGCUGGCAUGGAGUCAUACGGGCCUAAACGCGGAGCAGAUCGGCGUCCUCCUGAGCCGAUUCGGCGUACGCAAUACAAGGGUGUCGAGAACACGACGGACCAUGCCCCCGCAUUGGCUCGAGGCAUUGGCAUUGUGCCUUUGCAGCUUGUCUGUACCAGUGCUACGGCAAACUCGGUGCUGCGACAUUUUCUCAGCGCAAGAACUGGAUGGCUGCGUACGAACACGCGCGAGACACGAGACUCUGCUCAAUGGAUCGAUCUAACUGGACAGAGCGGGCAGCUCAGCGCCGUAGGUGCGCCGUAUCGUGGCAGCAUGCCACGUGAACUAACGCAUUCUUGCGUUGUCGUUGAUGAAGUCCAUGGAUCGCCACAGCCACGCCUCCUCGAUACCACGCGUGGCACGGCUGUCCCACCGGCUCUUCGUAAACCUGCAUCCACGAGCACAACACCCGCAAUUCAGGAGCACGUGGUAGACUUGCCCCUGUUAGAAAUGCUCGCUUAUUUGUACGCGUCUGAGCAUGUGCGACGUGGACUAGCAUUGGUCCCUGCCCGCUGGAGCGUGCAGCGCGUGCAUGAUGAACUUGCGGCUCUCGGUGUGCCGGUCAAGAUAGUGGCUUCCGGCCAAAUCAUGUCUUCCUCGGAAGAUGCUAUGUACGUGCUGCAAAGUACCAGUGCCCGUGGUCUAGAUAUUCCGAACAUGUCUCAUGUAUUUUUGGUUGGACUCCAAGCCGUGCGCGAUUCUUUGCACUAUACACAUGCAGCAGGGCGCGUCGCGCGCAUUGGACCAGACGGUCAGCGGCCCCGCGGACACGUCGUUACACUUAUUCGAGGCAACUCGGCUGCCGAACAAAAAAUGUCCCAGAUAUACAAACGCGUAGGCGUGGAGCUCCGUCCGUUACAACUACGAAGCCUAUCGUUGUAA